CACAACAUUUUUAAAUGAUGCCCAACCAGUCAAUAAAAAAACAAGUCAGUAUGUUGCAGUCACACAGUAAACAGUUGCAAAAUAAAAUGUACCUACCUGCUGGAAACAUAUGAUGCUGUUCAUCACCUGCACUGGAGUGGUUGGAGUUUUAAUCUUGCUGCCAAUGUUUCUGUGUUUUUUAAUAAUCCGUUUCCUCAUUCAGUUUCCUCAUUACUAGCUCAUAAUAUAUCUGUUUUAACUCUGAGAUGUAAACAUGUCUGUGCUGAAUUUCUCCUCCAUACACCUGGUGCUCCUCUUCUCUCUGUCUGAAGUGGGUGAGUAUAGACAUUCUACUUCAAGAUAGACUUCUUUGCUAAGGGACAGUUAGAAAAGUAUUGGAUUGAGGGGGGUGGGGUUGUCAAACGUUUGUUUUUGCAUUAUAGAGGGUUGUGUUUAAGUACAGAUAGUGCGUUUUUCCCUAGUUUACAUUCAACCGUUUUGCAGGUUUUGCUAUAUCAUUUCUUCAAUCCUAGUCAAUUUUUUUUACAUUUUUAAAUGUUACCUUUAUUUAACUAGGCAAGUCAGUUAAGAACAAAUUCUUAUUUACAAUGACGGCCUACACCGGCCAAACCCGGUGCGCCGGCCUAUGGGACUCCCAAUCACGGCCGGUUGUGAUACAGCCUGGAAUCGAACCAGGGGGUCUGUAGUGACGCCUCAAGCACUGAGAUACAGUGCCUUAGACCACUGCGCCACUCGGGAGCCCAAUUGGGGGGGGGGGGGGGGACCACUUUUUUUAUGUUUGAACUGUCCCUUGUUAUUUAUUACAGGUAGUGUGUGUAAAUCCACGUUUUCUUAUCAUUGGAGUGCUAACACAAGCCGGAGUAUAGUACAUGUAACAUUUAAGGCAAUAUCAAUCCUGCAUAAUCAGAACUCAGAUUAUGAUAUUGUAAAAGAAGAAAAAUACAAUAUGUCUCACCAUAAAAGAGAAAAAUCUGAAUAUCACUUUCAAUGACUUUCUCUUUUUUACUCUCUUUUCAAAGUUUAUUCAUCAGAUGGAGAUUUCACACACAUUAAUGGUAGGUGUGAGUUCAGAGAAGUGCAUGAUAUUGAGUAUAUCUUAGAGUUUCAUUUCAACAAGGUGAUGAUGGCAUGGUACAACAGCACCAUGGAUAAAUGGACAGGAUACACACCCCAUGGACUGGAUCUUGCAAGAAUGUUUAACGGAAAUCCUUAUUACCAUGACUCACCAAGAGCUGGAAUGGAUAUUUUGUGUGUGGCCAAUGCUGAUUCAGUCAUUGGCUACCUACAUAAUUAUACAGGUAAUUACAAAUCAUUGAUACAAUCUAGAAAAGGAGAUUAACUUGUAGAGGAAAUUCCUCAUUUGACUUUUUAAUAUAGACUUUAUAACAUAUCAGAUGACAAAUAAUAAUUCAGUGAUAAUUCUAUCAUAUGUUUGGUGGUUCUAAGAUAAAAUGUACAUAUUUUAAUUAGAUGUGAUUUAUUUUUAAACAAAGUAAUAUAAUUUAGGAAGUGUAUUAUCAGCCGGCAGACCAAAAACAUAAGGUUAGGCACAUUUUUUUUUUUGAGGUGGAAAUUAGUUAGAGGGUUAGGUAAAAAGGUUGGGUUAGGGUUAUGGAAAGGCUGAAAUUACCAUUGGGUUAGCGUACCGCCCACCGUCAUUCAAAAUCUGACCGUUGAAUAUAAACUAACUAUAAUUUACAAUUCUUAAUUCCUUUGUCUCUUUGGUUAUGAUUUUGAUGUUUAGAUUUAUCAAUUGAAUUCCUCCUUAUUGCAUCACUGAUUCAUUGCCCUCCUCUCCAGUUGAGCCCUACGUCAGGCUGAGGUCAGUGGAGACGUUCAAUACCAGACACUCUAGCAUGCUUGUGUGCAGUGCCUACGACUUCUGCCCCAAACCCAUCAGAGUGACGUGGCUGAAGAACGGACAGGAAGUGACCUCAGAUGUGACCUCCACAGAGGAGCUGGCCAAUGGGGACUGGACCUACCAGAUCCACUCCCACCUGGAAUACACGCCCACACCUGGAGAGAAAAUCACCUGUAUGGUGGAGCACUUCAGCCUCACUGAGCCCAAACUGUAUGACUGGGGUAAGGGUGUGUGAGUGGGCUAAGGGUGUGUGAGUGGGCUAAGGGUGUGUGAGUGUGGUAAGAGACUGUGGGUAGGAAAAGAGACUGUGUGUGGGGGAAGAGCCUGUGUGUGGGGGAAGAGACUGGGUGGGGGAAGAGACUGGGUGGGGGAAGAGACUGGGUGGGGGAAGAGACUGUGGGUGGGGGAAGAGACUGUGGGUGGGGGAAAAGACUGGGUGGGGGAAGAGACUGGGUGGGGGAAGAGACUGGGUGGGGGAAGAGACUGUGGGUGGGGGAAGAGACUGUGGGUGGGGGAAAAGACUGGGUGGGGGAAGAGACUGUGGGUGGGGGAAGAGACUGUGGGUGGGGGAAGAGACUGUGGGUGGGGGAAGAGACUGUGGGUGGGGGAAGAGACUGUGGGUGGGGGGAAGAGACUGUGGGUGGGGGAAGAGACUGUGGGUGGGGGAAGAGACUGUGGGUGGGGGAAGAGACUGUGGGUGGGAGAAGAGACUGUGGGUGGGGGAAGAGACUGUGGGUGGGGGAAGAGCCUGUGGGUGGGGGAAGAGACUGUGGGUGGGGUAAGAGACUGUGGGUGGGGGAAGAGACUGUGGGUGGGGGAAGAGACUGGGUGGGAGAAGAGACUGUGGGUGGGGGAAGAGACUGUGGGUGGGGGAAGAGACUGUGGGUGGGGGAAGAGACUGUGGGUGGGGGAAGAGACUGUGGGUGGGGAGAGACUGUGGGUGGGGGCAAAGACUGGGUGGGGGAAGAGACUGUGGGUGGGGGCAAGAACUGGGUGGGGGAAGAGACUGUGGGUGGGGGAAGAGACUGUGGGUGGGGGAAGAGACUGUGGGUGGGGGAAGAGACUGUGGGUGGGGGAAGAGACUGUGGGUGGGGGAAGAGACUGUGGGUGGGGGAAGAGACUGUGGGUGGGAGAAGAGACUGUGGGUGGGGGAGAGACUGUGGUGGGGGAAGAGACUGUGGGUGGGGGAAGAGACUGGGUGGGGGAAGAGACUGUGGGUGGGGGAAGAGACUGUGGGUGGGGGAAGAGACUGUGGGUGGGGGAAGAGACUGUGGGUGGGGGAAGAGACUGGGGUGGGGGAAGAGACUGUGGGUGGGGGAAGAGACUGUGGGUGGGGGAAGAGACUGUGGGUGGGGAAGAGACUGUUGGUGGGGGAAGAGACUGUGGGUGGGGGAAGAGACUGUUGGUGGGGGAAGAGACUGUGGGUGGGGGAAGAGACUGUGGGUGGGGGAAGAGACUCUGGGUGGGAAAAGGUGCAAGCUGUUGUGAGGUCUUGGCUUCCUUUUUAGCCCUCAGCCAACUAGGGGUUUGUUCACCGUCAAUCUGCCACAAUAUUUAUAUUCGGUUCAAGGAUUAUGUAAAUCCAAUUUAAAGUUAGUUAUGACUGUUGUAUGUUGAUUCAAACUAAGGGGGAUGGAUGAAGAUGAAAAGGAAUGAAUCCCAUUCUAUUAGAAUAAUGAUUCAUGAAUCAAGAGAGUUGUUGUAAGAAUGUGUGAAUCAAGUAACAGUGGUUACAGGGUUUUAUGCCUGUGUAAUUACAGACCCCUCCAUCCCCGAGUCUGAGAGGAAUAAGAUGGUGAUCGGGGCCUGUGGGCUGCUGCUGGGGGUGGUCUUUAUAGCAGCUGGACUGAUCUACUACAGGAAGAAAUCUACUGGUGAGGAGACACAGGCCUCAGCACAUCUAUUUUAUAGAAGUCUAGGUCAA